CAUGGUCGAAAGUACAACUGGUACUUGUCCGUGCUCGAAGAAGUCGGAUAAGUCAUGGCCCGUUAAGAUCGGAUCGUAGACUCCGAUCACUUUCUCCGACCGAUGGCCUGGCCGAAGACAGGCAAAGAGGAAGGCAGAAAAGAGGGAAGAAAUAAAUAAGAGGAAAAGAAGAAAUUAAUAGAUAAAAAAAAAAAAAUAUCGAAAGCAGGUGGACCGAGAAAGAAGGAAAAGGAAGGAGAGUUUCGAUCACCAUCAUGAUCAAGACUAAUACAAACAUGGACAGAGUCAGGUAUACUAGCGGAAUCGGCGAGCUCAGGACAGUCAGACUCGAGAGUAUCUUUUUCUCCACCCAGGUGAGUCCACCUCCACCGUACUCGACCAACAGCCCCACCGCGUCUCCAAUUGCCACGACUUUCCGCUUUGGCUCCUUCCUUCUGUCCCCGGGGGAGGAUACGCGCCUAUAUAACUACGGCGUUCCACUGAUUGGACGAAGUAAGCCACGUUUUCCAGCGUCUAGGGAAGAAGAGAACGCAGCCCGAGUCCAACGGGCGGCACUCCAAGAAAUAUGAGGAUUCGCCCGGGAUGCGCGACUGCACUAGCAGUGCUACUGCAGAUCGUUCUUGUGGCGGGCAAGGCUUUGGAGCAAACGCAGCAAAUACAGUUACAAGUGCGGCAACAACAGCAACAACAACAAGCCCAGCAAGUCCCGUACGGUACAGCGGCUGAGAAACGAUUGGCCGAUUGGAACGGAGAUGCCGGGGGUCAUUAUGGCGGGGAUGAUUAUGGUGGUAGUUUAGCUGGUGGAGAUUACGGUGGAAAUGUCGGAGGUGGUGGAGAUGACGUUGGGGGAGCGAUCGAAGAACACCACGUGCAAGAACAUCACGACGAUCAUCACGAUCAUGGCUAUUGGAAAAAAAAAUUGAUUUGGAAAAUAGGUUGGAAGAAAAUUUGGAAACCAGCUCAAAAACAAAUUUGGAAACCUGCGUGGAAGAAGAUUUGGAAGCCUGUUUGGGAGCCGACGAAGAAAGCCGUUUGGAAGGAAAUACAAGUACCAGCGUGGAAAAAGAUUUGGAAGCCAGUAUGGAAGGAGAUACAGGUGCCAGUGUGGAAAGAAAUUCAGGUACCUGCGUGGAAAAAAAUUUGGAAGCCUAUAUGGGUGCCCAUCAAAGUUCCAGCUUGGAAAGAGAUUCAAGUGCCCGAUUGGAAGAAGAUUUGGAAACCCGUGUGGAAGGAGAUAAAGGUACCAGCUUGGAAGGAAAUUCAAAUACCGGCGUGGAAGAAACUUUGGAUACCGGAAUGGGUGAAGAUCGGUAUACCCGGUGAACAUUAUCACGGUACGGACCAUCACGGCUGGCAAUAUACCAGUCACGAUUUGUGGAAAAAGAAACUGAUUUGGAAACCGGUAUGGAAAAAAUAUUGGAAACCGGCGAAGAAACAAAUAUGGAUACCGGACAAGAAGCUCGAGUGGAAGGAAGCAUGGAAGCAGAUUUGGCGACCUGCCAAGAAACAAAUCUGGGUCGAGGACAAGAAGCUCGUGUGGAAGGAAGAAUGGAAACAGAUAUGGAAGCCAGACAAGAAGUUGAUUUGGGUGCCGGACAAAAAGUUGGAAUGGAAGGAAGCUUGGAAGCAGAUUUGGAAAACGGAGAAGAAACUCGAAUGGAUACCGGACAAGAAAUUAGCUUGGAAGGAAGCAUGGAAGCAGAUUUGGGUACCGGCUUGGAAAGAAAUUUGGGUGCCCGCCUGGAAGAAGAUAUGGAAACCGGUAUGGAUAUCGGAGUGGUUCCCUAACGAGGAUCACCAUCAUCAUCAGGGAUGGGCCGAUCGAAAGGACAGUCAAGGACAGAGCUCCCAAACAAUCCCACUUAAUUCCGAUUUAGUCGCAGGAAAUCAAAAUAAGAGCGAGCAAGAACAGCUAGUCGAGAAGAAUCAAGUUAGGUGGAACAGAUCCUUCGAAGGGGAUGUUAAGUCACCGGCAGAAAGCUUGUUACCACCUCCUAUUCCAACGUCGAAUCGAAACGCCGUCCCUUCCAACUUUACCUUUCGCAAUCGUUGAUCCAUCUUGAAAGCUCUGAUGCGAAUGGACCAACUCGCAAUACCUGUACAAAUAUUUCGCUCUAAGAGUAUUGUAACAUAUGUCCCUUGUGUAUAUAUUAUCUUAAUAAGCUUAAUAUAAGCUUAAGAUAUCCCUUCGAGGUACUUCAUUUUGUUUCUCGUUUUGACGCUUCAGGGAAUCUUAUCGCUCUUAUCCUUCUUUUUCUUUCUUUCUUUCUAUACCAAUUUCCUUUUGUUGUAUUAUCGUUUUCCUUAGUUUUUUAUUUUCUUUUUUGUUAAUUAAUGACGUUACGAAUAAAGUUUAUGAAUAUUUUGUUAAUA